AUGGUGUCUCUCGUAGAUCUCCCCACAGAAAUUCUCGUGCACAUCUGCAGCUCUCUUUGCCUGCACUGCGAACUCCCGCGCGUAGUUGACGCCCCAUCUGCCGCCGUGGGAGCUGCUUCAUCAGGCCAAAAAGUCCAUUCUCAGCUCAGCCAAUGCUCCAAGAAGCUGCGUGCUGCGUCGCAUUGCCCAAACAGUCUUGUUUCGCUGGCCGCCUACGACGCAGAUAGGCUCUGCAAAAGAGCUGCCGAGCGCAUUGGUGGCCAUUUGCUCAAACUAUGCUUAGAUACCCCAAAUCUAGGGUAUUUCUCCGAGCUCGCCAUAGCCAUCACACCCCAGCUCUCACAGCUCUGCCUCCAACGCAAAUUGGAGUGGAGUAGGAUCGAUGAAUGGUGCUGGACUGGCUGGCCAUACGAUUUGCCCGCGCUCAGGUGUUUGGUCUUCGAGAGCGCGCGCGAGAACCCAGACGAUGUAGCAACGUACCACAUAUACCACACUGUCACCACUCAACGGCGGCGACAUGGAACAAGUGGCCAUGACCCCCCGAGAGUGCCCCUUGCUCGAGGACUUGAGGACACUCAGCUUAUGGCUCUCAAUCCGGAGCGUCAUCUAGGCCACGUAAAACCCAUACUGCGACCCACAGCGACGACGACACUAGCAGAUGCGGCAGAUAUCCAAUCCAUCAUUGACUAUAGUAACUGGCUUGGGGGCAUCACCAGCAUGGACACGAUAGGCCUUUCCUUCGCCUCCUUUCCCAUUCUCGAGGUGCUUGAGCUGGAGCAGCUCCUCCUCUACGGGCCCGUCUUCCCCACUGCUAAAGAGCCGGCCGAGGACCGCAGCUCCAUGCUGACCACGCCCGACGAAUUCCUCAGCAAAUUUCCCCGGCACUCAGCCCGAUUCCCGCAGCUCAAGGUCGUGCGGCUCGACGUUUUCAAAGCCCCUCCCCAAGAACAGGUCCGGCUCCUUGUUGAAGCGUUCCGCGCAGCUGCUGACAUCAAGGUUUUGAUCUACCACGUCGCGAGGACAAUCGGAUCGAGGGGGUUACUUCCUGCUAGUCCGGGUCAUGAACAACCCGUUCCAGAAGCAUUGCUCUAUUUACCGGAUCCCAGCUACUAA